CGAAAAAAAUAUCUUACGAAUCUCUCUCUCUCUCUAUCUAUCUAUCUAAUCUCCUACCUGCGAUUCACAAUGGCGAGCAACGGAGUGAAGGACACGACUACGGCGGAGAAUGGCUCGGGGCUUACUACCACUGGUGAAAACCCUAAGAAAAUCCUCGACCUCAACACUGCGGAGCCAGAUGACAUUCUCGACGGAGGAGAAGUCAAGGGAUUAUCCGAUUCUACUGAUGAGAAGAAGGACGAAGCCGACUCUAAGGCUAUUGGUUCGACUGCUGGAGAUGCAUCAUCUCCCGUCGAUGAUAUACAGAAGAAGAUCCGACGUGCUGAGAGGUUUGGCGUUUCGGUGAAGCUGACCGAAGAGGAGAAACGCAAUUCUCGUGCUGAGAGGUUCGGAACUGUAGCAGCAGUGAGUGGCUCAGAGGGAACGAAGAAAGCAGAGGAGUUGAAGCGAAAGGCUAGAGCUGACAGAUUUGGGGUUCCUGCAUCAUCAUCAUCAUCCACUACUAAAGUUGAUAACACUGAGGAAGAGGCGAAGAAGAAAGCUAGACUCGCACGUUUCGGGAAAGACACUAAAGUUGAUUCGGCUGAGGAAGAUAAACGCAAGGCUAGGGCAUUAAGGUUUUCAAAACCUGCUUCUGAUUCAUCUUCGGAAUUACCUGGGAAGCUUAACACUGGCAAGGAGGCAGCAGGAAACGCUGCAUAAGGUUCCUGAAUAAGGUUCCUUCUAUCUUUGUAGUUAGCUAGUGUUCUAGCGUCUUAUGAUUCCCUCUCUGGCUGCUUGAUUCUCUCUUUUAUAUUUCUGAAUUACAAGUCCCCCCGGUAUGUAGUAUCUAUCUUUAUUAAGGUCGAAGUUUAGUCGUGGAGCAAGGUUAUGUGGUCAUGCAAUGAUUCUCUCAGAUGGACGGAAGCUAAGUUGUCACCAGAUGAGAUCAUGAGAAAUCAAUAAAGUAACCUAUAGUUCUGAUUGUCUUAGAAAAGCAAAUGUGUUAGGACCUAGGGAUUCUGAAGUGGCUGUUUUCUUAACCUUUUUCCGUGUUACAGGUGCUUAAAGUGGUAAGUUUAGAUUGAGUGAUGCCUUUAUUUCCUUAAAUGCACUGCAUGUUGGUAUCAAGCAUAGGCAGCAUCAAUAGAGCUUUUUAUACUAGUUGGAAAUUGAAAAUGUUGAAUCUGUUGAUUGCUUUCCGAGUUGCCUAAUUUGCUAGCUUAUCUAUCUAUAUAUUGUUACGGAUCCCAUUACAAUUUGUCGUUUGGUUUGCUAUUUAUAUGAACUGUUAAAGCCGCUACUUCAGAAUUCCUUUGUCAAUCAUCUAAGACAAUAUCAUUAGAACUAUAGAAGUGCUUUGUUGGUUUCCAUUUCUCUGGUUUCUGUGGCAACUGGAAGUGAAGGGACGUUGAAUCUCUGUUCGUGGAACUUGGACUUUUGCUGGCUUUCUGAUGCUACACAAUUUCUCCGAGUCUGUAAUAGUUUUUAGAUAAAACUUUGUUGAUAACUUUGAAUCAAGCGCCAGAAAACUUUUAUAAAGGGAAUGAAACAUUCAGUUUUACUUCUUA